AUGGCUUCAAAUAAAAAGUACCAAAAUAUAAGCAUUCAACCGCAAAAAAUUCCUCGGACUUCUAAAGCCGUAUUUGAGUUGCCUAGAGAAGAUUUGAGUGAAGCUGAACUUCAUGCAAAAUCAACUUCCGAUAGAACCAAACGCCGUGUGGCCCACGAGGCGUGGUUUCCUCUACCGGUUAUCAAUAAGCCGAUAGCGCCAAAGCAGGUGGUUGCUCAGCCGAAACAGAAAAAAAAGAAUGUUAUAAUGAAGGGAAGUUUCUCGCGUGUAAAGCCCUGCCAAGUAAGACAAAUUAACGAAAGAGUUGUUUUACACUCAGGAACCGUACAUAACAAGCCGUCAAGUUCUGGAAUUGAUAAUAGAGUUAAAGCUAACAAGAGAAAAUUAGAAGACUUGGAUUAUGGUGAAAUGAUGAAAAAAAAGCAAAAAAAAAGUUAUGUUGAUAAAUCAAAAAAUAAAGACGCAAAAAAAGAAAAAAAAUCACGCCCACGUAAAGGUAUAUACAUAGAAAUUUGUUCCUAAAAUUCUGUAAAUCUGUAAAAACAAUUUUCAAUUUGAGCAUUUGUUGGAUCCCUAAAAUGAAGUAAUGU